CAGAUAUCCGGAAGCAAUUUACCAGCCUAGUCGUAACCGAAAGGCCAUAUCUGCGCCGAAUUGCUUUGAUAAUGUUUCGCAACAGGUAUGUCGGUGCGGAUCUUCAGAAGUGGAUGAUGCGUCCUUUCAGGUCGCUGUUUGCGCUCUUUGCUUACCGUUCCAUUCUACCGUACAGGAAAAACUCCCAGAAGCCUGAUGAUGAGCUCAUCACGAGAUUCCAGAAGACUUUCCAGGACGUUGUUCCUCCAGUCACCGCCCGCAAUGCUGCGCGGUUCGGUCAGGGACCCGUUGGACCCAUCACUCCCGCCAGGUAAGAACAUACAUCUCCCGGGGCCACGAAAUGGACAUUCCGUCUUAGGACGAAAUCCACUCAGACACCUGCCCAUGGAAUUUCAUACUCGGAAUUAGAUUUGAAUUGAGAGCUGACUCACUGUUCAACCAUAGGUUGAGCAUGGACAGCGACCUGAAGCCCAACGAUAU